AUGGCGAGUCGUGCCAGAGCGGGGUGCGCUGAUUUGUAUGUCACGGAGAUCAACAUCAGCGGCACGCGGACUCAGCGUCACAAGGCGGCGGAUCUGCGCUGGGUCGCCGGUGUCGCUAAGCUGGGCAAGGCGAAGUGGAUGAAGCUUCACCGCGAGAUCAGCGUCAAGAUCGUCCAUGGCCACACCGUGCACAACACGAGAUAUCUCAACAUUCUCGUGAAGGGGCUGGGCAAGACAAAAGCGCCAGUCGGCGGCCUCCUCGGGGAGGACGACCACACAGCGGCCGCCACGCCAGACAAGGGAUGCAAUAAGCGUGUGACGCUCUGA